GUUUUCCCACGUGCGGCGUGAACCUGCCGGCACCACGUUAUGAUAAGAUGGGGGCUUUGGUGAUUCGCGCAAUCAGGAAUUUUAACUUAGAAAACCGAGCUCAAAGAGAAAUCAGCAAAAUGAAGCCCUCUGCUGCGCCCAAGCACCCUGCCACCGAGAGCCUCCUGCAAGAGCAGAUCGGCAGCCAUCCAGAAAUUAAGGAAGAAAUUGCUAGAAAAGAUGGCAAGCUGCUGUCAUUACUAAAAGAUGUGUAUGUAGAUUCCAAAGAUCCUGUGUCUUCCGUGCAGGUAAAAGCUGCUGAAACAGGUCAAGAGCCAAAGGAGUUCAGAUUGCCGAGAGACCAUUACAUUAAUAUGAAUAUUAAGAACAUUCCCAAAGGCAAAAUUUCCAUCGUAGAGGCAUUAACACUUCUCAAUAAUCAUAAACUUCAUCCAGAAACAUGGACUGCUGAGAAAAUAGCACAAGAAUACGAUUUAGAACAGAAAGAUGUGAAUUCCCUUCUCAAAUAUUUUGUUACUUUUGAAGUCAAAGUCUUCCCUCCUAAAGACAAGAAAGCCAUACGUUCAAAAUGAAGAAAAUCAAGAAAUUACUUUUCCUAUGUGUAUUCCCCAUCCUGAUAUCCUGUAUAUUUCCUCAUCUUUAGCAUACUAUAUAAAUUACCAA